GUGUAACUUUCAAUUAUAAGUUCUAUUGAAACAUACAUGUCGAAUUUGAUUAGCCAGCCCUGCUUGCACCAGCUAGCCAAACGGUCACACUGCGCCAAACAAAUCAAAAGCCGGCAAAGUUGUGCGAAAACUAACAAACGCAUUUGAAAGCCCUUUUCUCGUAUUAAAAGAUGUAAAGAACAAUGCGCGGCAUUCGCAAGUGUGUUCACUGUGGUGCCAUCAACGGAAACCGGGCGCUGAUCUGCAAGAACGCCGCCUGUCCGCAGCGCAGGAAUGUCCUGGACGCCGUGCAGCUGGUGUCGCUGCGGCCAGGAUCCACUGUAUACUCGCUGCGGACCAAGGAGAAGGAGCAGCAGCCGCGGAAUUUUGUGGUCAUCCAGGACGUCACCCUGUCACUGCAGCCGGAUGCUGCAGUGGUGUCCAGCAAGGCCGAGUGCUUCGUGGAGUCGUGCCACAAAACGGGUGGCCAACCGGCGGACUGCGUCCAUGUGAAGGCUUGCCGGGAGCUGGGCACCGAGUUUGCCAAGGCGCAGGUGUACCGGGUGUCCCGCGAGGUGCUGUGGAACCUAAACAUCAGGCUGGAGCAGAAGCAGCACCUCUGGCAGCUGUACAAGUACGCCGAGGAAGAGGAGCAUCUGCCUGGCGUGCAGCGGCUAAAUCACUCCACAUUCGCCGUCAAGUGCGAACGUUCCGAAUCCUUUCCAGCUGCUCGACUGCACGUCACCGUCUUGGCCAAUGGUUUGUCCAAGAAGAAGAGCAGCUACGUCUGCGCCUGCCGCAAACUGAAGAUCAUUGUGGAGCCGGAUAACUCGUUGGUGAUGCAGGACGAGAUCUGCGAUCAUCUGCUGCUCGUGCUGGCUGCGAUACUCAGUUCGCCGCAGGGAAAACGGGUCUAUGGCCACUUCACCAGUGGCUUGCAAAACUUCUGGAUGCCCUCGCAGCUGGAAACUCCGCUGGGCGACGUGGCCACCGAGGACUUGAGGCUCAGCCUGGACAUGGUGGAUGAGUUCGACCCGCAGGUGGACAUACUUGUGUUCGGCGAUCAACUAGAUCUUCCCUUGCCGAAUCUCUCCGAUGGCGUCUUUAAUCUGGACAACAUGCAGGCCGCCACUUCUGCCCACAGCACCUCGAGCACCAACGAUGCCUUGAUUCACUAUGCCAACGACUCGCAACUCCUGUCCAAUUGCGAUGUUUAUGCGGAGCCCAUUGAGCUAACCGACUGCAAUAUUGAGCUGAUGGAUCAGUUCCAGCCCACCGAUCAGCUGGAUAUAUGCAGCGAGGAUAUAGAGCUGCCCUUGAUUAGCGAACCCUACAAUAUCCUAGCUGCUCCGCCCAUUUUCACCGAAGCCACGCCCUCUGUGGUCGCCGAUCAGUUGCCCAUUGAACUGGCCACCAUAUCGGUGGUAAAGAAGACGCCGGUCAAGUUCUCGGAAAUAGUGACGGAAGUAAAGUCCCUGAAGCAGCCUUCUCUGCCGGCCAAAAGGGAUUUAAUAGUGAACAAUGCGGCAUCAGCGUCAUCCGUUUGCUUAGACGCUUCCGUACAGCCGGCCUUGUCCUACUCGUCAUGGCUGGAUCAUGUAAUCGAGCUACUAAACGAGAGUUGCGAGCCAUUGGACACUCCAAGCGCUACGCUUACCAAGCGCUCGGUGCACCAAAACUUCCAUGUGCACAAGGAAACCUUUUCGCACUUUUGCAAGAGCUUCAGCACUGGAAUCAAACGACGGCCAUUGGACAAGCUAACUGUGAUAAAAUCGGGCAAACAUAAAGGCCUCAGCAAGUACACCUGGCACUUUGCGAGUCCGCACACCGCGAAGCGCAUCUUCAGCACUUCCAACAUACAGCUGCAGUUGGACCGCGCCUUCGAGCGGCAUGCAGAUGGCCAUUUUGUUCCCUACGUGCGUCCACGCAUUGAGCCACAGGCGCCGGGUCAGCCGAAAAAGCGUGUAGUCUACCCGAGACUCCGCCUGCACAUGGUUAAGAUAGUCUUCGAAGCGGCUCCAAAGGACUUUGUCGGGAAUGGAGUCCUGCUGAGCUGGACCCCGGAUGUUUUGCCCCGCAGCCACUUUGGGUUGAUGCGCGUGGAGUUCACCGUGGAGACACGAUCGCCCAGCUAGGGUAAGUUUGCAAUUUGAUGUUCUUUAUUUAGACGCUUUCGAUUUUGUCUGUUCCAUUUAUCUUUAGUCCAUUUCAACUUUCAUUGGCUUACGAUUAGCUUAGGUGUACAUACAUAUACAUACAUAUAUUCAUAUCAUUAAUUCUGUUUAUCGCGAUACCUUGUCCGAUCUUUGUGUCGCAUCCUCCUGCUGCAGUGGCUUCUACAAGCUGCGGGAAAGUCCCUACUUUCAGGACCUCCUGACAGAUCCUGUCAGGAUCUGGGGCAAAUGCUUCGUUCUUUAAAAUCUAUGGUCUGCCUCUGGGUAUCUGUAUCUUUAUCUAUUUGCUUAGCUCUAAAAUCGUGGGCAUGCUUACUUAAGUUCUCGCUACAUUCAGCUCUUUUUCUUGAAUUGUUUUUAAUAAUUCUUUUUUUGUUUUUUUUUUGUAUCUUUUGUAUUUUCUUGGUUUUUGUUUUUAAAUUGUUUACGCUUAACUUUGACAUUCAUCACAUUUAUAAAUUGCAUAACACCGUCAAUUAGAUAAUCUGUUGCAUCUGUGGUUUUGUAUCAUUCUCAAUUACUUUAGUUAAUGUGUGAAGGUAGUUUAGUCGUGGAAAGGUUUCCAUUUGCUCGAAAAGAGUGUGCACUUUUUAAUUGGGGGAUUUCGGUAGAACUCUGUCUGUGAUCAUUGCUCCAUCGCAAUGCGGUUGAUUAAGCUUUUCUUUGGCUGCGACGUACAUCGCACACUUACAACAUUAUGUACAUAAUGCAUAGAAAUAUCCAUAUCCACCUAUAGUUUCAUCGUACGUACUAAUAUUUAUGUGUUUAACAGUUAAAAUGCAUAGUUUUUGGUUUUCUCAAUAUCGUAUAUCGUAUCGAAAUAAUAUGAUUCUUGUUGUUAUAUUACAGAUGAAGCAUUUGUUACCAUUGCCGGUGUCAGUAUGAGAAAUUUACAAGCCCUCCUAGCGUAUAAGUAGUCUUAGCCUAAGUCGGGUCUAGUGCCUAAGAAACAUAAUCUCACAAAAUUGGUCAUUAGUUGGUUAGUUGGUUAAUAUGUAGAGUCGCCUAUUUGGUAUCAGCUGACAAAUGAUUGGAUUGAUACGAUCAGAUUGAAGGGUGCUCUCCUCCCUUCCACCCGAAUCGAGCCCGAAUCUACGGGGUCUGCAUCCUCAAGUAGUCUGACUACAUGCGAUUGUGGGGUGGACACGGGAUGGAUGUUGGCGGGGAAGGGGGCAAACUGAAGGACCUUUGACAUUCGUUAAUUUACAUAAUCAGUAUACAUGCUUAUUCAAGUUAAAGUGUACAAAAAACCAGUCUUUAAAACAUGUUUGUUUAUCGUUUCUUAUGUUUCUUCAUUUCCACUAAUACUUUACAUAUAAAAUGUAAAAAUAUUCACUAAAUUACUUGCGCUCUACUCGCUUUGCUGUGGUGUGGGGAGAUAUAUACUUGCUAUCUGCCCGAUCUGGACAACUGCCAGACCAUUAGCCAUGGCAAUUCAGAGUGCUAGGUUUAAGCCUAAUUCGUAUCCACAUCCGGGGCUAACUUUAAGAACUGUACAGGUUAAUAUUACGCUGUUAGUCGGGUCUAUCAAAUAUGGGGAAACAUGGAAACGUUGUAACGUGGAAACACCCUGUGCAUCGAUAGAGGAAAACAAAACUUAAACUUGAGUUUUCAUUGGGAUUUUCUUUUAUCUCGCUUUUCACAUGUAUCGUAUAUUUUAAUAAUACUUUGCUUGCGACUACUUGCAGAUUUACACUUAGUUGUCGCCGUUGCUUACUUUACUUUUUUAUUUUUACAAUAUUAUUAGCUUAUUAGCUCAAUAGCUUUGCAGAGUGAUGGGUUUGGGUUUUCAGGCCACUUUUGACCACAUUUUUACAGUAUCUUUUAUCUGCCUAUCUGUUUUCCGGCCUUGGCUGUAUUUACAAAUUUUCGUGAUGCCUGGUGCUUUGUGCGGAAAUCGUGUGAUAUAUUUAGCUUUGAUUGGGAUUUACAGUGAUGUGUGGUGUAAAGUGCUAGGUAAUUCGGCGUAUUGCCCACUAAAUUCGCAAUUAAUUUGUAGCUAGGUUUGCUUGAGUUUGUCUUUAUUUUGUAUUGAACCGCAUUUAAACUGGAACCAAUUGAUAG